AUGGAGGAAAAGAAGCCAUAUGUUGCAGCAAUUUUACAGCAGUCGAUAUAUGCAAGCAUAUGUAUACUGGAUAAGGCUGCUUUCAACGACGGUAUAAGCAUUUUUGUUUUCAUCUUCUACAGGCAAGCCAUUGGUACUAUGUUACUACUCCCUUUUGCCAUAAUACUUGAACGAAAGAAGGCACCGCAGCUUUCAUUUGUGACCUUGAGCAUUCAUGCUUGCUCUACUGGGGUACAUCUCAGGAUGGAGAAGUUGAAGUGGACAGGUGGUGGAGUAGCAAAAGCUGCCGGUAUGGUAUUCUGCCUUGGUGGAGUGGCGGUGCUUGCGGUGUACAGAGGACCCUGCUUCAAACUCUUUCAUCAUCCCCUGUUAAGUAGUAGUAGCCAAGAUCACAAUCCAUAUUCCCAAGAAUCAUGGAUAAAGGGCUGUUUGCUCAUGGUUGCUUGCACCCUCUGUUGGUCUCUGUCGGUCGUUUUUCAGGCUCGAGUUUCGGAAGAAUAUCCUUCAAAGUUGGCUUUCACGAGCCAUCAAUGCUUGGUCGGCGCGAUUCAGUCGUUUUUUGUAGCUAUUGCAUUGGAGAGGAAUCCUUCUCAAUGGAAGUUGGGCUGGAACCUAAGGAUGGUGGCUGUCGCUUUUAGUGGUUCUAUAGGGUCAGGAUUCAACUAUUACAUACAGGCGUGGUUGCUUAAGAAGAAAGGACCAGUGUUCCAAGCCAUGGGGACACCAGCGAGAUUGAUUUUGACAAUCGUUUGCUCCAUGUUUCUACUGGGGGAGAUUGUCAGCCUAGGA